GGAGGGUGUGGCUUUGCUGGGCCUUGAAUCAGCGUCUUUUAUGCCAAUUAUUCUUUGUGGGGAUGCCAAAGUGGAAGCACCAAGCGGGUUCACGACUAUAAGAGCAUCCAGACCAUGCUUCUUAUCUUGAGUGUCGACACGGCUUGGCAGUUGGCCUUCCAGUAUGAUCAACAAACAUAGCUUUUUUCAAGUGGCGACAAGUACAUGAUUUGAGAUGUGCUAUCUGGAAGACAUGGUCUCUUGGCUGUACAAAGCACAGGUUUCGAUCCAGCAAGGCAAUGGAGGAGGCUUGGUUAGUGUGGAUAAAAAGUGGAUGCAUGUGGGGAAGGAAGUUCUCGUAGCUGCGUGAUGGGCAUGGAGGAGUCAAGGGGUGGUGAUGGUGGGUGGUGCAGAUCAGUCUUCCAGUGUAGUAUAAGCAUUCUUUAUUACAUCAUCAGAGGUAGAAGGUAGCAUCGAACUCUCCGAUGGGAGGUUGAAGGAUAGGCCUUGUGGCAGAGGCACACUGCAAUUGAUGUGCCCAAGGAUAUGGACUUGACUGUGCAUUCAUUGUUUGCAACGAAGUUCAGCAUACAUGCGUUUCACAGGUGGAGCUGAGAGAAAGAUGGUGAUGUGAAGCGAAAGAAAGAGGAGAGGCUUCCAAUGGGAAGCUUUGAUGUAGAGAGGAGUCCCAAGGUGGGGGUGACAUCUUUUUUUUUUUUUUUUUUUUUUGGUUUUUCUAAAUCCCUUUCUGUAAUCUUGCUUCAUAAUCUUCACCCUACUUUGUCUCCCCCCUCCCUCCCUUUUUAUUAUGUCCCACUUAGAUGUGGCAAUGGCCACGCUUGCAAGUACCGUAGGAAUGGAUCGUGCAUGCAGAAGUCUUCCUUCUCGUGGAAAGUCUUCUCCCGCAUGCAUAAACUUGACUGAUGGGCUCGGUCAAUCUGGAAACUAGUUAUAGUCUCUUGUUUCUCAUCCCUCAGGGAAGAAACAUACGUACGAACGUAGAGAAUCCCGUGCAGGAGUCCAACCAUUGUUGGCUGUAGUCAUGGCAUUGCCUUAUGCCUCAGCAGCCAACAAAUAGUAGACUGUUGUCAUUGUCCAAGGAAAUACUUUUACCAACAUGACCUGCGGAAGCGUAGCUGGCACCGGGAACGAAGGGAAACUGAGGAGUUUUUCUCGGUGGAAUCCAUUUUGCAGCGAUGGACGUUUUCACGAGUAUGCCGAAAGGAGUUUCUUGGUGGAAUCCAUUUUGCAUUGAUGGACGUUUUCACGAGUAUGCCGAAAGGAGUUUCUCGGUGGAAUCCAUUUUGCAGCGAUGGACGUUUUCACGAGUAUGCCGAAAGGAGUUUCUCUCGGUGGAAUCCAUUUUGCGGCGAUGGACGUUUUCACGAGUAUGCCGAUCAUACGGUGUGCAUGCUUGGGAAGGCAAUCGAAGGGUGAUCAUGCAGGAUAUUGUCGUGCUACGAUAACUUCUUGGCAGCUCGGUUUAGACGAAGUUGAGUGACUUGGACAAUUAGUGUGAGCUGGUGAUGGGAUUGCAAACGUAGCUUGCUUGUCGUGGAAUAGGGCCUGGACGAACCGGUCUAUGGCUUGCAGUGGCUAGUAUGGCCUUGCAUGUGGGUGGAAGAAAUCAAUGCAAUCAUGUUGGUCAAACAUGAAGUGGCUGGCUAUCAGCAGGCUUGUGGAGAAUCCGAGUUCGGCUCCAGUUCCCGACAAAAUCCCAGUGGUCAUCGGUGUAGUUAGCUUGUUAUUUGCAGACAGCAUGGUGCUGUCCGUCGGAAGGUGCACUCCCAAGAUGUUUCUUCUUUUCAAGAUGGUGCUUUCUCUGAGGAAUGUCAAUUCAUCUGCAGGUGUCGUCAAAAGAUGGUUCUAUCGGAUUUACAAUAUCCCCAUACCUUGUUGGGUGCGGGUUCAAAUCCCAUUUUUCAUGGGAGGUAGGUCAGUUGUUCCUGUGUACACCUGUUCAGUUCCACAAGGUUACACAAGGUGGGAUUUGAGGAGAGAGCAGUUGGAGCGAGGGAAAAGAGUGUGCAAGAGCUGGUUUAGAGGGAGGCUGGAGAGUUGUGAACGUGUGAUAUCCCAAAUUAGGAGAUUAACUGUUACAGCCUUCAAGCAAGCAUGUGAGGCUCUGGAGGUAUGGAGGGUAUGGGUGAAAGCUGAGGUCGAGGGUGAGGCACAGGGUGAGCGCAAGAGAUUUGCUGAGGAGGAGAGUGACGCCGAGGGUGAGGGUGAUGUCAAGUCUGAGGGAGAUCAACAGUAAAGCGCUAGGGUGGGGGAGAGGGAGAGGGAGAGGGAGAGGGCGAGGGUGAGGGCGAAGGUGACGGUGAUGGUGACGAUCGUGUGAAAAUUGAUUGGGGAGUUUCAGUGAGCUGGUUAGUUUUGAAGUAAGUCGUGAGCGGAAAGCCAAAGGGAAACAUUUUUCGAGCUCAAAGCAGAGGCCAGACGUCCGGCCAGACGUCCGCCAACGGCCACUCGGCGUUUGAGCAUCAUAGCAAAGGUGGGGGUGACAGUGUAGCAUGGAGGUGAAGUCGAGGGCGAGGGUGAGGGUGACGGACAUGGCGAGGGUGACGGUGAGAGGGUGAGGGUGAGGGUGGGGGUUUGAGCUUGAGUAGGAUCAGCAGGGAAGAUGUGAGGCCAGAAGCUCUCAAGGUUGGCCCCAGGGUUUUCGCUUUUGAACUCGACAUUUGUAAUGCUUGGAUGCUGGAUGUGGGAUGAGAGUAAGCGGGAGAUAGAGGUGAAAAGUUAAACUGUGGAAUGAACGUGAAAGCUGGCGGUGAGUGGUGAAGUUGUGAUCUGUUCAAGCUCGAGUCCAAUUCAAUUAGUAAUGGUGACGGUAAUCAAGAUGAUGACGAUGAUGCUCUUGAUGCGAGGACGAGGAGCACAGGAGUUGAAAGAAUGUAGGAAGGUGUAGAAGGAAAAACAGGUGGUAGUUGGUAUGGAACUGACUAACUAGUGUUAUGGCCACGGUGAGUCACCGAGUGCUUUUGUUCGGAGGAACCCACUCCACGGCGGUAUAGACAACACUCACAGUAUAUAUUUUUAGCAUAGCAUGAUGGUGGUAAUGGUGGAUGACUACAACAAAGACUUCGUGUCUGAACGAUCGAUAUGAUUACAGAUGGAAAGAUUUAGUUGCAUUCCAUAGAUGUGAAAAAUACGAUUACACAUGGCUCUCCAUGAGUUGGACAAUCAGUGUACAUGAUGACUCUUGAUGCAUUCUUUUUGCAUUCCCUACAUGGAGCUAAGCUUUCAGCCUACAGUAUCUCAGUGGAGCUAAACUUUCAGCCUACAGACUAGUCUCUCAAUGGAGCUUAACUUUCAGCCUACAGACUAUGUACUUGGGGACUGGUCUAGAGUAGUGGGCUGUAGUUGGAAGUGAGCAUCCAUAGCUGGUUGUCCUGAUAAGCAAAAGUUUUUCUCUUACUAGAGGAGGAUAGUAGUUAACAAAAAUGCUUGAGGGGAUUUAAUCACCUGAAUUAGAGGAGUGGUUUUGACCGGAAUUUGACGGGAAUAUAUCGUCGCUCUCUUUAUAAGGGACAGACAAUUUGGCCUUUUGCGGCAAUAGGUGCUGCGUGGCCUGAGUUGGCUUUUUAUGGGCCGUUGUGAACACUCUACUGCUGCAAGUAUUAAGAAGUGGUUAAGCAGGGGAUCUAUGAUUUAGAAUAUCGACACAGUGGAAGGGGUAUGCAUGCAAGCGAUGUGAGAUGCUUGGGUGGCAUGGUAAUUGGGAUCUGGCUGGUGAAGGGAGGCGUGAGAGAAAAAGAGCACUGCAGUUUUACCAUUUCACAAAAUAAUAAAGUCGUUCCAGAUCGUGCUGCUUCUGUGAUAAACCACCAUGUCCUGCCCAUGAUGAGCUCUAGAUGAACAAUUAUGAUGCAGGGCUCGUCGUUGGAGAUUAUAUUCGGGGAGAUGUUUACUAGAGUCGCGAUGUGCCUAUGUGGUGGUGUCACAUAUUAUGGAUCAUAAAUUCUUUUGUAGUAUUUGUACAAGUAAAACAUUUGAACGCUU